CUAAAGACGUGCUUUUGGCGAUUCAACGCGCUGCAGAUUUCAAAAUGUACCCUUCCACAUGUCACUUGCAUGCAGAACGUAAUCUCCGCCAGACGGAUGGGGCUUCGAUUCUGACCGAUUUUACGUCGAUUGCCUCUGUUCUCUCCUAUGUGCGGAGGCAGACCCUAUCAUGAAGAUCUAUCAACCCCCCUGUCACUCCCCCCUAUACGAAUUAACGUCUCAAUCGAUACCCUGAUCUAUUUCUACCCUUGUCCAGCCUUAAAUCGGAUUCUUCCGCCAUGUUCCCGGUCGGGCAAGACUGGAAUCUUAUGUUUCUGGGCGCCGCGCCAACCACAGACACCAAUUUCACGACUCUCCGUCAUCAGCGACCAGGCACGCCAGGCCAGAUGAAAAUCAUAUCGAUAUAACAUUCUGGGAUUUCCCCGUGGCGUGGUGGCUUCGCCCCCCACUCCCUGGAGCGAAAAGCGCUCCUUCUUCUCGUCUUUCUCUUCCCCUCGCGACGUUGGACCACGAGGAGGAAGAAAGGCAAUAUGGGGAUCCGUCCCGUCCUGGACAGAUUUUCUGCUCCAGCAAGAGUACAACGGCUCAGCAUCUUCGCCUUAGCGACUAUUCUAAUUGUUCUCUUUUUCCAAAACACAUUGUUGGCUGAGAACCCGGUCAUCCAUCGACACAAAAAGGUCGACCGAUCGAGGUCGGAUUACUACCUACAAUGGGGACCUUUCGAGCCGCUGCCGAUACCGGGGUUUGUGAAUACUGGACUGCCGGGCAAGAGAUCGUGCGACACUUUGAAAUACAACUCGACUGUGGGGGUGCAGAAGAGCUUCUUCCUCGACGAUGACAUCAAGCAAAUAGCCCUGUCCCUCGACUCGCACCCGAUGGUCGACUACCCCGACGAGAUGAUGAACGAUCCCAAGAUAGAAGCGAAUGAGAUAAUUGACAAGACAUGGUCUCGCCUUUCUGGGUCCAGCGUGUGGCUGCCUGAAAAGAAGGUAUUCUUGUCCGUGACACGGGUCAUCUUCUCCCCCUCCAAGACUCGCUCGGUGCCUAAGAUGAGCUUUUUGCGAGGCCAACUCUUCAAUCAAGACUGGGAGCAUUUGGAUGGUCAUACAAUUACCUGGGCUGGACAACAAUUCACAUUUCCACUGGUCUUUGACGUCCCCACGCAAUGGGAAGAAGACGGAAGCCUGUAUGGACCUGAAGAUCCCCGGAUUAUCUUGGAGGACAACGUCGAAGGUGCCGAGCCCGUUAUCGUAUUCAAUAUGAUCGCGAAACGAACCGAAUGGAAGAGAGCAAUGUACAUCUUCCGACCUUUCUCCAACUACUCCACCGUCCUCACCAUCAAGGACACCGACCGAGAACAUACCGAAAAGAACUGGGCACCAUUCUUCAUUCCAAACGAGCAACAACAGAAAGCAGCUAGCAAGAACCCCUCGAAGGCGGUUGCGCCUGUGCGUCAACCCAGCGAGUACAUCCAUUUCGUUUACAGCUUCAAACCUCUACGGAUCCUGAAGUGCCAUCUCCGCUGUGGUGACUGCGAGUUCGAGUACGAGCAAGAGGUUCCUGACAACUUCAUGACCAAGCAUAACGAAGAGGGUGGCAGCUUACGUGGCGGUACCAACUUCGUGCCAGUGCCUCUCCCAUCGAGCAUGAACAUCGACCCUCGAGUAAGAGUAUACGCUGCCUUUCCUCGAACCAACAUUGAGAAGCAGUGUGACGGCAGUUUUUAUCGUCCGGAGUUCGUGGUAUUGAUCAACAUCGGCACACAGUUCCACCUCGCCUUUGCUUCAGAAUCGCUUGACUUCGGCACCUCCAUACUCGACCUGGGACCUGAAGAUGACCGCUGCGACAAAGGGCGCAUUCUCAUUCCCAACAGCGUCGCUCAGUGGGAUACGAGCCAUGGCCAUGAUGUGAUGAGUGUGACGUUCAGCGUCAACGACGAGACUGUUCAGGUUGCUCGUGUCCAAGGGCUGUUGGGGUUCGUCCGCAAUCUACCUCAAUUCAAGACGCUGCUGAAGAAGGAUGGUCUUCUGAAGGGUGCUGAUUCAGACCUGAUGGGCAUCUUAUCUUCAUGGGUCGGGGACGAUGUACGUGGCUGUCUUGUGGAGGCCGCUCUCAACUAUGCCGCCGCAGCACAGGAGAUUACGAACCCGAAAGAGGGAGGGGAAGUGAUGGAUGUGACAAAGGAGCUAGUGCUCAAGCUCAAACAGGAAGCAGAUUCUGCCAAGCAGAAGGAUGAAGAAAUCUUCAAUCACGGUUUUGAACCAGGACAUGUGUUUUUGGAACAUCCUCCUGAUGAUGAGGGUAUCGAUCAACCUUUCCGCUUCGAGAUGCUGGGCGAGUUUUCCGACGUCGAAGGCCUGUCAGUCGAGGGCUUGGACGGCGAUACCAGCAAGAAUGAGGAUAAGAAAGAGGAAGGCGACAAAGAAGAGGAAAAGAAGGCAGAGGGGAAGAAGGAGGAGGCCAAGAAGGAGGACGAAAAGGAAGCGGAUGAAAAGAAGAACGAGAAGGAGGACACACGAGAGCAGGAGAAGGAGACGACAGAGCAAGGCCAAGAGGACAAGAAUCAAGGUGCUCAAGAAGGAGACGACAACGACGAAGGAAAGACGCCGCAAAACAAACCGGAGAUCCAGCCCAAACCACAGCACGCUCACCACCGAUACCAUAACCAUCAGAACCAUCGCAGAAUGUGGUCGUAAUUGCUCGACAGAGACACAAACCUACCUUCACCCUCGGUCCACAGAUCGCAACAUGGAGUCUUCGGGCCUCAGUAAAGGCCAGCAUCCUAUCUGCUACAGCGUUAUCGUGAGCGACAAUAACCGGGGACCCCGUGACUACGACCAGCCCGGGCAGCGUCUCCUCUAUCACCUUUUCGCGCGGCUUCGCGCACGCUUGACGAGACAAGCAAGGAAAAAGGAAUUGGUUUUCUUCCCGAGGACCUUCGUUUCCGCUUCUUCCAUGCUCCCUGGGGUUGCACAGACAGCGCUCCAGCUCUUGAUUAUCUUUUUCUUUCGUGUUCAGUGACGACUAUUUCUUAUGAAAUGGGAGGGGCGGUCUGUUCUGGCCAUAGACGGUAGGAAGACAGAACAACAAGGAUAGAAUCAGGGUAUAUGGAGGGCGUUCCAAAGGGUGCAGAUAUUGGAUAUUCUUGCUCUCAGCGAGGAGUUCCGGAACUUGUUGGAAGAACUUGAAGAGACUAAUGACGGGACUAGGGUCUAUGCGGGAUAAUGUGUAUGACCAAAGACAUGAAGAAUGCCUGAGUAAGGGGUCAUAGCUCAUACGGAACGAAGAUGAGGAGCACACCAGGCUCGCGUUAACAGAAAUGAAGAUCUUGUUGUCAUCUCUGUCCC